AUGGACACUUUCGAUGCUGCGGUGACCUUUAUUCCAAGGAAGGUACAAUUCAACGCACAAGAAGCAGCUCAAAAUGUACUUAUAGCAUCGCCACAAUUCUUUAAGAGGUACAGACUCGAACAUGGAGCGGCCGUCCUAGUAAUAGAAGCAAAACGUGGCAACAGGGCUUGCGCUAAAGUACACAAUGCAGUAGAAUACGGAAUAGAAUAUUCAUUUAUCAAGGCGACGAAAAUUCUGGCCUCAGAAGAGUUCAUAAUCAGCCUAGGUGUCGAGCCUAACAUGCCAACUAACAUCAAAUUCAGCCCAUGCGGAGAAACACAACCGGCAACAACACUCACAUUGACAUACGUCGAACACUACCACCCAAAGCAAGGAAAAUGGAGAGUCACAACUGAUGAUCAGGAAUCAAGAGACCAUGUCGAUGCUACACACAAUGAUGUCAGUCAUAAAACAAAUUACACAGAUUGGUGUAUUAGCCACCCAGGCAAGGAUAAUAACUACCCAAAUAGCAAAUGGUGGUACUCAUACAUAAAAGGGGAUAUGAACAAUGCAGCACUCAUGAGCCUUGUAGGAGCAGUAUUCGCAAAGGGAAAUGUUGUCAUACUCAACUUAAAAGGGGUACUAGUGAGGUUGAGGGUGGCAGAUAUAAGCUCAGGGAAAAAGGAAAAAAAUUCAUUACACAGGGUAACACAAACAACCAACGUGGCACUGAAAUUGACAAAAUGUGAAAGUGGAACAGGAACUUGGCUCAAAAAUAAACAAAAAGUUCAUAAAAUAGCUGGAAUUAAGGAACCUAUUGAAAUAUUGAAAAAACAUGUAGUAUACCCUCUAGUAUACUCAGAUAAAUACAGACAAUUGGGCAUAUUCCCGCCAACAGGGGUUAUACUACACGGACCACCCGGAUGUGGAAAAACUAUGAUAGCAAAAGCAAUGAAAGAACAAUACGGACAACUAUUCGAUAUCAAUGAACAAACAACUAUGAUACAUGUUAAACUGGUACAGUCAAGUGAUCUCAUAAGCUCACUCGUAGGACGAACAGAAGAAAAUAUAAAUGCACUAUUCAAAGAAUGUUCAGAUAUCGCGAAAACAAAACCCUGUAUAUGCUUCAUUGAUGAAAUUGAUGUACUAUGCAGGAAACGAGAUGGCUCAACGGAGUUCAAUACAAGAAACGUGACGGCGUUCCUUAAUAAUAUGGAUGGAGUAGGACAUGAUGACAAUAUACAUACCAAGAAUAAAAAUUAUGUAAUAAUGGGCGCAACCAAUGAUGUAGAUGCACUAGAUGCCGCUCUAAGGAGACCGGGGAGAUUCGACCUAGAAAUUGAAGUAGGGGUACCAAGUUCAACAGAAAGACUAGAUAUAUUGAAAUCAAUGAUUAAAGAAAUGAAACACAAUCUGCAGGAAUCGGAUAUAACGUAUAUAAAUGAUUAUUGCCAAGCUUUCGUAGGAGCUGAUCUAAAACAACUGGUAUCAAACGCAUCAUGGUCUAGACUUAAUAAAAUACAAAAUCAUGAAACACAGGACAAUAGUGAGACUUGGGAAUCGGAAAAUGACACAGAAAAUACAAAUGUCCAACAUUGUAUCACUAUAGAAGAUUUCAAAGAGGCACUGGCUAUCACACGACCUUCCGCACUCAGAGAGCUACACGUGGAAAUAACAAACGUAAAAUGGGAUGAUAUCGGGGGAUACGAAGAUGUGAAGAAUAUACUCAAAGAAUGCGUGGAGUACCCACGGACAUACAGUCAUGUAUACGAAAGAAUGCAAGUACAAACACCAAGAGGGGUACUAUUGUAUGGACCACCAGGCUGUAGUAAAACACUAAUGGCAAAAGCGGUAGCAACAGAAAGUCAUAUGAACUUUAUAUCUGUCAAGGGGCCAGAAUUAUUCUCAAAAUGGGUUGGUGAAUCAGAAAGAGCAAUUAGGCAGUUAUUUAGAAAGGCACGAACAAACGCACCAUGUGUUAUUUUCUUUGAUGAAAUGGAUUCUAUAUCAGUGAGUAGAGAGCUAUCGGAUUCCGGUGGUGUUAGUAGCCGUGUACUCAGCCAAUUGCUAAAUGAAAUGGAUGGUAUUAACACUCUCAAACAGGUACUCGUUAUAGGUGCAACCAAUAGACCAGAUCUUAUGGACGCAGCUUUACUAAGACCGGGGAGAUUAGAUAGGCUUGUGUAUAUACCAUUACCAGAUCUGGAAGCCAGAAAAAGGAUUUUCAAAAUAUACCUGAAGAGACUCCCAACAGACGGGUUCGAUGUAGAGAAGGUGGCAGAGGAACUUGCAAACGACUCCCAAGGGUAUAGCGGCGCGGAAAUCGCUAUGAUAUGUAGAGAAAGCGCAAUGGCAGCACUACGCGAGUUUAUAAAACGCGAUAUGGAGGAAAGGAGGUUGCGCGUAGAAACCACAAAUGGUAAGGAACACACGCAAGGAUUAGACGAGGCCUUGAGCAAACUGAAGUUGAAGGAAAUUGUACCUGUAUCUGUAAGACAUGUGAAAGAUGCAAAAGAACGCGUAAAACCAAGAACCAAAAGUGAAACUAUUAAAUUCUACGAACAGUACGCAAACAAAAAUCCAUUCUAG